ACUUUUACCAGAUCUUGCAGCUGUUGUGUCAGUGCAAUUGGCGAAAGCCGCUGCUUGAAAUUUCCUUUCCACGGCGUGCCCCUCUGAUAAGGAACCUUGAUUCAUUAUAUAGUCCUUGCGCAAGCCCUCGUCGCAAUCUAUUGUCACAGAUCAUUCAAUCCAGCAACAUCAGCCUACCUGCAAGACAUAGUACAAGCCGUCGCUUUACCAUACCCUCUAUAACAGCCUCUUAACACUCAACAACAAGUAAAAUGGGCUACCUCUCAGCAGCACGCUAUGGCAAGGACAACAUCCGCGUCUACAAGGUGGAAAAGGAUGAAGCUACCAAGACACACACUGUCUAUGAGAUGACAGUCUGCGUCCUGCUUGAAGGAGAGAUUGAUGUAUCAUACACGGCAGCAGACAACAGUGUUGUGGUUGCAACCGACACUAUGAAGAACACCACCUACAUCACGGCCAAGCAGAACCCAGUCCACCCUCCUGAGCGAUUUGCUGCCAUUCUGGGAUCCCACUUCGUCAACAAGUACCAGCAUAUCCACUCCGCGCACAUCAGCGUUGUUCAGCACAGAUGGACCCGAAUGCUCGUUGACGGAAAGCCUCACCCGCAUUCCUUCUUCCGCGAUAGCAAUGAAAAGAGAGUGGUGCAAGCAGACAUCUACGAAGGAAAGGGCAUCGAGAUCCGAUCCGGUAUCUCGGACCUUCUCGUGCUGAAGAGCACUGGCUCUGAGUUCCACCACUUCGUGCGCGACGACUUCACCACUCUUCCAGAUGUUUACGACCGCAUCUUGAGCACAUCAGUGGAUGCCGGCUGGAAGUGGUCGUUCCCCAGCCUUGACGCUGUCAAGAAGGAGACUGAGAGAUUCGAUGCCACAUGGACCAAGGCUAGGGAGGUCACUUUCCGCCUUUUCGCAACAGAAUCCAGCCCCAGUGUGCAAAACACCAUGUACAAGAUGUGUCAAGAGAUUCUCGCAGCUCAGCCUUUGGUCAAUGCUGUCGACUAUUCGCUACCAAACAAGCACUAUUUCGAGAUUGACUUGAGCUGGCAUCAUGGACUGAAGAACACCGGCAAGGAUGCCGAGGUCUAUGCACCACAAUCCGACCCCAACGGUCUGAUCAAAUGCACCGUCUCUCGUGACAACACCAAAUCCAAACUAUGAGGCGCACGCCGUGUGGGCCUCAUUUCAUGAAUAACGCAUAUAUGGGAGUUUUUGGCUGAAACUGGUCCAUGUACAUGUCUGUUUAGACAAUUGUAGAUAAUACCAAAAUGAUACUCAUACAUCCGCCUUUCCCAUUUAUUUCGCUCCAACGCCAGACAUGUGGGGAUAAAGAAGAUUGAUCUUCUCCUCCGCCCCAU